AUCAGGGUUUUGGACACUGCAUAACCAAAUCAAAAAACCCUACGUUAUCGCAAUAAUUCCGAUCACGAAAAUGGCUUCCGCCGCCGCAAGAUCAAUAUUCCGAUCAUGUUCCUCUACCAGGUCAGCGUUUCGUGUUGCCUCGGAAGCCAAAUCAGCUCGUUCUCCUUUCCGCAUCGCCUCCAAUAAACCUCUUUCGCAAUCACAAUUCACACUCAGGUCUCCUGUUGAGUUGAGUUUUUGUUUGGAAUCAAUGAUGCCUUACCAUACUGCCACUGCUUCUGCGCUCAUGAAUUCAAUGCUUUCCCUUUCAAGCCGUAACUACGCUUGGCUUUCUGAAGGUUGCAUUGAUGAUUUGUGAUAAGUUUUAAGAAGAUUCAAGCAAACAUAUGUAUGCACAUUUCUGUGCAGGAGAUGAGUCAUGAUGUGAUAACUACAGAGUCCAAUAAAGAUUAUGCACAAUAUUUAUGUGGUGGUUACCAAAUUAAGUUGGAUUUUUCUCUUGUAGUUCACUUGACUUGAUGUAAUUUGAGACUUGGAUGCUUGAACUCUUAAAAAUGUAGGAUUCUCUUUUCAAGUUCUGAUUCAAUGUUUUGCUUGUAUAGGUCUGUGACAUCCCCUAAAAUCCGCUUUGGCUUUCAGAUUCAUGUUUUUCACUUUCAUUGCCAUAAUUUGUUUCUGCUGUUCCUAUAAGAAGUCGAUAUAACAAGACGGCUUGCCACCCGAUCUCUGAAUAUUGGGCAGUUUCCUUGCAAGUGUUUUCUUAGCAUCUCGAUGUAUGCAUGAGAUCAUAUAUCUGUAUGGAAGUACGUACUAAUUUUUGUUUCAUUUCUUGUUCGAAUGAUACGGAGCUA